GCCCUGCUCGCGUCUCAGCCUUUUCUCCUCACACCCCUGCCCCCCCCCACCCCCAGAGGAAAGCGGUCAGCCUUACCAAGCAGCCCACCCAGCCACCUGCAGCCAUGGACGCCAACCACUCGGGGUGCACGAAGCCCCAGCCCUCCCCAGAGGCCCCCAGGCCUGGCGCGAACCCCAGCUCAAUCCUGGCGAACGAGACCCUGCGGCAGGAGCCCCCCAGCAUGGUGGGCGACAGGUUGCCACCAAAGACCGGCGCGGUGGUCAUCGACAUGGGCACAGGCACCUGUAAGGUGGGCUUCGCGGGCCAGGCCCGGCCCGCCUACACCGUGGCCACCAUCCUGGGCUGCCAGCCCAAGAAGCCGUCCUCCCCCCGGCAGGCGGCGCUGGAGACUUUCAUCGGCGAGGCCGCCCGCAAGCGCCCGGAGCUGACGCUGGUGCAGCCGGUGCGUAACGGCAUCGUGGUGGACUGGGACGCCGCCGAGCUCAUCUGGCGCCACCUGCUGGAGCACGACCUCCGCGCGGCCCCUCGGGACCACCCGCUGCUGUUCUCCGACCCGCCCUUCAGCCCCAGCACCAACCGCGAGAAGCUGGUGGAGGUGGCCUUCGAGUCGCUGCGCUGCCCCGCCACGUACGUGGCCUCGCAGGCCGUGCUGUCCGUCUACGCGCACGGGCGGGUCAGCGGGCUGGUGGUGGACGCCGGCCACGGCGUCACCUGCGCGGCGGCGGUUUUCCAGGGCUACAACCUGCCGCACGCCACCGAGCGCCUGGACCUGGCGGGCACCCACCUGACCGCCUUCCUGGCGGAGACGCUCCUCGGCCCGGGCCUGCCGCCGGGCCAGCACGAGCUGGACACGGUCGAGGCCAUCAAGCAUCGCUACUGCUACGUGGCCCCCGACUUCCUCCAGGCGCAGGCGCGACCCGAGCGGGAGUGCCGCCAGACCCUGAGGCUGCCCGACGGGCGGACGCUCACGCUGGGCAAGGAGCUGUUCCAGUGCCCCGAGCUGCUGUUCAGCCCCCCGGAGAUGCCGGGGCUGUCGCCCGCGGGCGUCCCCGCCAUGGCCGGACGGAGCCUUCGCAAGGUGCCCCCGGAGGCGCGCGCGGACGUGGCCCAGAACGUGCUGCUCUGCGGGGGCUCCUCGCUCUUCCGGGGGUUCGAGGGCCGCUUCAGGGCGGAGCUUUUGCGCCGCCAGCCCCCGGAGGCCCACGUGGUGGUGGCGGCGCAGCCUACCAGAAACUUCUCGGUGUGGAGGGGGGGCUCUAUCCUGGCCUCGCUGCGCGCCUUCCAGGCCUGCUGGGUCCUGCGGGAGCAGUACGAAGAGCAGGGACCGCACAUCGUCUACCGCAAAUGCUACUGACCCCCGGCGGCGCGGGGGG